CCUUCUCAAAUGGUGUGGGAGAACCUGGCGCGGUUCUGUUUGCUCAUUGGUGGGCUGAUGCCUCUGGGACACUGUGCCGCUUUGAAGGGUGAAGGAAAACCCGACUCAGCGGAUGUUUUAAAUGUUAAUACACAGGGAAGAUUGUUGGUGGGUAAAGGUGGCGGUGAGAAGCCAGAAGCCAAAAUGGUGUGGGCCGGGAAGCUCAUCAUUGGGUUAAACGGCAGUGCUCCUGAGGACUUCAGCGAUAUUCCUGAGAGUCUAAAAUAUGGCAGUGGAUCUCUCAAUGACUCUGAUUAUCAGUCUGACCAGGCUGACUGGAGUGAGCUGCAGUACCUCCAGGGAUCGGUCUACAGCUUUGGUGGUUCUAAAUCCCCAGCAGUGCAGCAGCUGCUUGGAGUGAGGCCAAAGGUGGACUGCGAUGAAGAUGCUAUGAAGCUGAAAGUUAAUGGAGGAGUCUCUGCCUUUCGUUUUAGUUUGCUUAUUGACCGAGGCAGUGUUCCACCACUUCCAUUAUCAAGAAUUCCUACAGAGUGUGGCAUUCAUAUACAGGCGACUUGGAGGGGCUUGGUCCUCACUGUACCAUAUGAUGGAUGUUAUGUGGCACAAGAGAGGGAUGCAUACAUUCUCCCACUACGACUGUGGGGGUUGCCAGCUAGAAUGUCUUGUCCCUUGUUGAAUCCGGCUCAAAGUCCUCCCUCUGUCUCCUGUUAUCCUAAUGGCAUGAUUGUGAAGACUCAAAACAUUGCCCCUGUUGAGGAUCUGUGGGUGAAAGUUGAGAAUGAGUGGCAGCCACUGCUGAAGGCGUCACCCAAAUGUGGCUAUAGCAUAGUGUCCCAUCCAGAUGGAGUGGUUGUUUCUGCCCCAUAUAAGCCCUGCAUGGAAGCAAAGGAUGGACUGUAUUCUCUUCGCAUGGCUGCUAGAAAUGAAUUCAAGCUCUUCUGUCCCUCCCUUGUGCCUAGUUUACCCCUAAAUCUGUCCAGUCUAGUUCCCCCAAAUCCGAGUGGCAGUGCUGACACCAGUGGCAGCGCUGACACCAGUGCCCCUAUCGAGCGAACAUCAAUUGAUAGGCCUGCUGUCUUCCCUACAUCUGUCCCUCCUGAAUCAUUUGAUGCAUCUAGCAUCUUGGGGGCAACAGAUUCUCGUCAGGCUGCUCCACAAAUGCGUCCUGGAUCUGUUUUUGGCCAGGCACCUCAGUGGCGUUAUCCACCUCAGUACCCACAGAGGCCUGCUGUUGUCCCUACAGCUGCCCCUCCUGAGUCAUUUGACAUGUCCAGCAUCUUGGGGGCAACAGAUUCUCGUCAGGCUACUCCACAAAGGCGUCCUGGAUCUGUGUUUAGCCAAGGACCUCAGUGGCAUUAUCCGCCUCAACGGCCACAGAGCCCUGCUCUUUCUCCUACAGCUGCCCCUCCUGAGUCAUUUGACAUGUCCAGCAUCUUGGGGGCUACAGGUUCUCGUCAGGCUGCUCCACAAAUUCGUCCUGGAUUUGUUUUUGGCGAGGGACCUCAGUGGCGUUAUCCACCUCAGUACCCACAGAGGCCUGCUGUUGUACCUGCAGCUGCCCCUCCGGAGUCAUUUGAUAUGUCCAGCAUCUUGGGGGCUACAGGUUCUCGUCAGGCUGCUCCACAAAUUCGUCCUGGAUUUGUUUUUGGCGAGGGACCUCAGUGGCGUUAUCCACCUCAGUACCCACAGAGGCCUGCUGUUGUCCCUACAGCUGCCCCUCCUGAGUUAUUUGACAUGUCCAGCAUCUUGGGGGCAACAGAUUCUCGUCAGGCUGCUCCACAAAUUCGUCCUGGAUCUGUUUUUGGCGAGGGACCUCAGUGGCGUUAUCCACCUCAGUACCCACAGAGGCCUGCUGUUGUCCCUACAGCUGCCCCUCCUGAGUCAUUUGACAUGUCCAGCAUCUUGGGGGCAACAGAUUCUCGGGCCUCAGUGGAAUUAUCCACCCCAGUACCCCCAGAGGCCUGCUCUUUUCCCCACACCUGCACCUUCUAA